UGCCCCAGUGCCACCAGCGCCCCACGGAUCCUCGGUGUCACUGCCUGCCCCACGGUCACAGAGCCAUGCAGAUCCUGAGGUGCCCAGCCCAGCUGCAGCUCCUGGAGGAGGCCCUGCGGAAGAGCCUGCCCACCACUCUGCCGGUCCUGGGGACUGUGAUGACGGUGGCCAGGGGGAACCCAGCCUCCCACGAGGUGCUGGUGGACUCCUGGCCCCAUUUCGGCAUUGUCCUGACCCGCCUGCGCCCAGAGGAGCACAGGGACCCCAGGGACUACUACACCAACCAGCUGGCUGUGUUCUACCGGGACAAGGGAGCCCUGCAGGCACUGCUGAGGGGCACGGAGGCGGUGACCCGGGCACGGGCCUUCCAGAUUAUGGGGAUGCAGGAUGGGCUGGACGAGGCCGUACGGGAGGUGGCCAGUGCCAGGGGGCUGAAGGUGGAGACGAUCCAGCACCGGGCGUUGAUUAGCCCCGAGCCCCCCCAGCCCCGCAGGCAGAUGCCCCCGGGCCUGCGCCUGGCGCCCGUGUCCCCCUCCCACGUCCCGCUGCUCAACGCCACGUGGGCCCUGGGGGGCAAUGCCCGCAGCCAGGCGUUCCUGCUGGGGCUGGUGCGGACGCUGCCCUCCGCCUGCCUGCUGGGCCCGCGGGGCCGCCCGGUGUGCUGGAGCCUGCUGGACGGGCAGGGCUGCCUGCGACACGGCUACACGGUGCCCGCCUGGCGCGGCCACGGCCUCACCGGGGUCGUGGUGGCCGCCAUAGGCCGGGAGCUGCACGCCCGCGGCUUCCCCGUCUACGGCGCCGUACGGCCCCACAACACGGCCUCGCUGCGUGCCCUGCAAGCCAGCGGCUUCCUGCCCCAGCCCGGGACCUUCUACAUGAUCCUGGGCACCCCAAAGUAGUGCCCGGGGAGGGCGUGCCAAGAUGGAGGGUGCCUGUCCUCGGGGACACCCCGAUUCCCACACUGAGCUCAGUUUGGAGUCGUUCCCUCUGCUCCCUACUGAAGGCACAGGGGGAAACAUUCCAAAUUCCACACGGAGCUCCGGGUU